AUGAAGAAUGGCAUGAUUGCAUUCCGAAUGAAGAAUAAAGUUUUUUACAAUCGUGGUCAAGAUAACAACAUCAAUCAAUGUGCUAAUGAAACCUCCGUUGCUUUAGUCCCAUGCACUAAAAGUAAUUUCAAAAAACCUGACUAUGCGUAUAAGAAAGUUUAG